AUUGAGAUGUUGACAUUCCCAACAUCAGGCAGAAGUUUGAUUAUAAUGACGGCAAACGCUUUCCCACGUUCCUACCCCAGCGCCGUAAUGUCAAGCCCUAUUGUGUCACACACUGCCCAGUCCACCUGCUCCUUUGGGAGCGGGGUAUUAUCCCCAGGCAAUUCACAGUCAAUUUGCCAUGCUGUAAUAGAUGCUUUCUCUAUUGUCCCGGGGCAGGCGUGGAUUGGCUAUCGACUGUGGGAAACUCAAAGUUGCUUAGGACCCAUACAUUUGUAUGCAGCCACCACGUAUAAAUAGAGGAACUCCUGGCUCCCUUCUCCACCUGCUAACCAGCAAGCUCCGAGCUGAAACCAGCACUUGGGAUCAUGGCACCCAGUGCUCUCUCCCUGGAAAUCCUAACGCCCAAAGAGAAGAACAGACUCAGGAAACCCAUUGUAGAGAAACUGCGGCGUGAUCGGAUUAACAGCAGCAUUGAGCAACUGAAACUGCUGUUGGAAAAGGAAUUUCAGAGACACCAGCCCAACUCCAAGCUGGAGAAAGCCGACAUCCUGGAGAUGACCGUCAGCUACCUGAAAUACAGCCGAGCUUUUGCAGCAUCUGCCAAAAGCCUACAGCAGGAUUAUUGUGAAGGGUACGCCUGGUGCCUCAAAGAAGCUCUGCAAUUUCUGUCUCUCCAUUCGGCAAACACAGAAACACGGAUGAAGCUGAUCUGCCAUUUCCAGAGGUCACAAGCAGUGCCUAAAGACACUGGUUCUUCUUCUGCACCCACUUCCACCCACCAGCCCCCUGCAAAACAAGCGGCACUGAAACCCUCCUGCAGCCUCUGGAGGCCUUGGUAGGCCAAGAGUACGCUUACGCGUUCCUGGACAUUUGCUCAUAUUCCAGAGGAGAUCGUGACUUGCUAUACAAGUCCCCGCACUCCUCUCACGAGUAGGGAAGAAUUUUUUCCUUUUGCAGAGCAUUACUAUGCUUGGAUAUCUGCUUCCCUUCUUGCAGAAGGACUGAAAAGAUCCCACCACGUGGAGAGAAAGUUAUUCUAAAAGAAUGUGAGAUGUAAUCCUCCAGCUAGGAGGACUGAGAGGCGAUGUUCAGAGAGGAACACCGACUGUUCUUAACCUUAGUGAGGUUGAAUGUGUACAUCUGUUGAGAAAGCAGUAACUUCUAAGAUGUUCAGGCUAGCAUUUUCAGAAGUGUCCGUUCAGGAGGAGCCCUUUCCUCUGACCUGCCCCGCUUGAGACUCCUGAGUGUCCCAGAUAUCCACACCCACACUGCCUGGCUGCAGCUGUAGCCGGGGAGGGGGGGUUAAGGUGUCUCAAGCAGAGCAGCUGGUCUAACGGGACACAUUUGAAAACCUAGCUUUCCUGCGGGUGCCAUAACGGGUUCUAUAAUAUUUAUAGACUGUACUGAGCAUGCUCUGAAAAAUGGUUAAACCAUAACUUAGACUACGUAGAGGAAAUUCCUCAGGAUGUCUUGCUCACAAAGUCAGAGUACUGUUUGUGAGGUUCAGGAUAUGUCUGCCUUUUAUAAAGGCAAAAGCUCAUUUUUAUAUCCUUAUAGGAAAAAAAGUUACGGCUGUGUUGUCGAUUUUACGAGAAAUAUUUAUAAAAGUCUUUCAUUAAAGGCAGGUGUACAAAUUAUAUUUACUCUUUGGUACCCUACCACCAGGGGAGAAUGUGAAUUCGUUACUGUCCUUGGAGGAUGAAAUGACAUGUUGUGUGUGAGCUGCACCGAUUGUAUAACCCGUGCCAGAAAUUAUCCUGAACUUCAGAAGCUGCAGACACUUUUAACAGCGCAAAAAUAAAUAAAAAUCUAAUUAAUA